ACUACUGUUGCAUUCGAAAAUAUGAUGGAAUCCAGUCAUAUACCCAAUCCAGGUGAACCACAAACCUCUCUCACUAAUUCACAUCAUUUAAAUGAUUUUACUCUACCUAAUCCACACUCAUCAGCCUCUUUAAGCAACAAUGUUGAUCCGCUUGUCCCAAUGCUCAUGGACGAUGAUCCAGAUGUGCCCACGUUCCAUGAGUCAGCUAUCCAGGCUCCCGAGAAGUCCUCUGAAAUUCUGGAACAAAACGUCAGUUCUGAUGAUCCUAUUGGUACUUACCAUGAAGAAUUCAUUAACAGCACCUCUAUAGCUGCAUUAGAAAAUGUGAUAGAAUCCAAUCAAAUACCAAAUCCAGGUGAACCACAAACCUCUCCCACUAAUUCACAUCAUUCAAAUGAUUUUGUUCCUCCUAAUCCACACUCAUCAGCCUCUUCAAGCAACAAUAUUGAUCAUCUGAUCCAAAUGCUCAUGGAAGAUGAUCAAUUUGUGUCCAUGUUGCAGGAGUCAGUAUUCCAGGCUCCCGAGAAGUCCUUGAAUGAAAAUCUGGAACAAAACGUCAAUACUGAUGAUCCUCUCGGUACUUAUCAUAAAAAUUGCAUUAACAGUACCACAACUGUUGCAUUGGAAAAUGUGGCGGAAUCCAAUCAGAUACAUAAUCCAGGUGAACCACAAUCCUCUCCCACUAAUUCAUGUUAUUUGAAUAAUUUUGUACCCCCUAGUUCACCCUCUUCAGCCUCAUCAAGCAACAAUGCUUCAAAGGGGAAGAAGCAUCAUCAUGAAGAAUUAAGUACUACUAAUGACUGCCUUCCAGAAACACAGAGUAACAAGCAAUUGGCAAGAACCUCUGAAGAAGAAAUUGAUGACCUGUCAGACAUGUUAGACAAGGUCUCACUUUGCCCUGAUUACAAUACUACUUGGCAAACCAAGGAGUCUGUGCUGCAAGUAUCAAGAGGCAGGAAGCCUCAAGACAAGAGAAGGCAACUGGUGGACUUAAAAAGGCUUCUAACUCAAUGUGCAUCAUCAGCAUCAAAUGGCGAUAUUUUGGCUGCUGAACAAACUCUUGGCACAAUUCGAAGCCAGUCUUCACCACACGGAGAUGGAACACAGAGAUUGGCACACUACAUUGCUACUGCUAUUGAGGCACGAAUACAUGGAACCGGGACAACACUAUAUGCAGAUAGUUGUAUGAUGGGAAUAUCAUUUGCUGAUACGCUAAAAGCUUAUCAGUCGUAUUUUACUGCAGUCCCGUUUCAGAGAAUGUCAAACAUAUUCGCCAACAAGGCUAUCUACAGACAGACCAUGGGAGCAACAAAGCUUCACAUUAUUGAUUUCGGCAUUUCAUAUGGAUUUCAAUGGCCAUGUAUCAUCCAGGCAUUUUCAGUAAGACCAGGCGGGUCACCUUAUCUUCGCAUCACAGGAAUUGAUUUUCCAGAACCUGGUUUUCUGCCAUCAAAGAGGGUGGCAAAGACAGGGACUUGUUUAAGUGACUAUUGCAAGAGAUUCAACAUCCCAUUCGAGUAUAACUGCAUUGCGAAGAAAUGGGAUUCCAUUCAGCUAGAAGAUUUAAAGAUCGUCGAAGGUGAAAGGCUGGUCGUCAAUUGUCUGUACAAGUUAAGGCAAGUGCCUGAUGAGACAGCUCUAGAAAGUGGUCCACGAAACGUGGUAUUGAAACUAAUCAAGAGAAUAAAUCCUGAGCUGCUGGUCCUUGGGGUACUUAACGGCAGUUACAAUUCUGCCUUCUUUAAAGCACGGUUCCGAGAUGCUUUAGCUCAUUUCUCAAACCUCUCGGACAUGUUUGAGGCUACUUUAGCUCAUGAAGAUAAAAGCAGAUUGAUUAUAGAACAGAUAAUGCUGGCAAAAGACGCGAUAAACGUCAUAGCCUGCGAAGGAACAGCAAGGGUAGAGAGGCCGGAGAAGUACGAGCGGUGGACAUCCAGGAUCAUGAAGGCUGGUUUUAUGCAGACACCUUUGCCAAGAGAGAUCCUGGCUGAAGUACAAGGAAAGGUUAGGCUGCAAUACAACAAAAAGUUUCUCGUUCGUGAAGACAACAAUUGGAUGUUGCAGGGAUGGAAUGGAAGAGUUAUCUAUGCUCUCUCCUUGUGGAAACCUGUCCAACAAUGACCAUUACAUUUGUAUUUUACAAUGUAAUAAUCAUUCCACUGUAAUCUGCCUAGCCCGGAAAUGUAAUCCCGACGUUUUUCUAGCACAGGCACCAGCUUCGCUACUAUAUAGUCUGUAUUCUAGAGUUGCUUCGUACUAGAUCUGAAAC